AUGAUUCGUGUUGGUUCAUCCCUGGCUGCCGUCGCCUUGUUUGUUUCUACAGCCCUCGCUGAAACCAAAGAUGACCAGACUUUCCAACCACCCACACCACUUCCUUACCCCACAAAGGUUUCUGUCAAAGACUUCCUCUUUGAGAUCGCCAUGUUGUGCUUCUUCGCAGCUUAUAUCGCCAUCUGGUACGUUGGAGGCAACAAGAAUCUCGCCAUCGCUAAGAAGUGGACUGGCGCCCAGCUGGAAUAUCUCAGGACCCAGUUUGCCCACGUAGGAGACAAUGCUGGCAACACUUUGGUAAAGGAUAGCCCUAACGAAUAUGUGUUGUACACUACUGGAAGAAGAAACAUGAAGUUUGCUCACUGGUUUGUCACUCUGUACCCCCGAAAUGAUAUCACCACUGCCAUUGCCAACCAAGUUCUUGCUUUGGCUGGAUGGGAAAAGCCUGCUAAGGAUCAUGUUACUGCUACUGUGACUUUGGAUGACAGCUCUAGCGAAGGUUUUGUAUUUGCUGUUCUUCCUGAGGCCACAUCCAAGGAACUCCGUGCUGAUCGCUUUGACUUGAAAAAAUUCACAAAGACUUCUCAACACAGCAAGUUGCCCAAGAACCUGGUUGUUUCUUGUGAGAGCAGCGAUUUGGCCGAUCUUCUCCUUGAAGGCAAGGUCGCUGAUGUUAUCCGUGAAGCUGGUGAUGCCUUCAACAGCUUGAUCAUUACCUGUUACCCCACCGUUGCCCCCGAAUCUUUGAAGGAAUCGUAUCCCCAGACGGUCACUGUUGACUUCGACAUCAACAGCUCUGAUGCCAAGGCUUCUAGCGGUCUUGUCCAGCUUGUGUGUGAACUUCCCGAUAUCUUGAGUGCUCGUUGCCGUAACUUUAAACCCGAGAUCAAGAACAAGCUUCGCAAGAACCGUGAAGAAGUUCUCAAGGAGUAUGCCAAGAUCCACGCUGAAGAACGCGCCGAGGAGCUCGCCAAGAAGAAGGCUGACGCAAAGAAGGCUGAAGAAGAACGUGUUCGCAAGUUGAGCCCUGCUGAGCAGCGCAAGUGGGAAGAAAAGGAGCGAGCCAAGGAGCUCAAGAAGUCUCAAAAGAAGAGAGUCAAGAAGGCAUAG